AAUAAGUUGUAAGAAAUUGAAACACAGAAAAGGGUAGGCUUAGAUAUUUAGGCUAUAAAUAUAUAAUACAAUUAUUUUUAGAGAGUUUUUAUCUGUUCGUGAUUCUGAAAAAAGCUAGCUACGAAAACACAAUGAUCUCGUGUUCAUCUCUAGCUAUAUUCGUGUUUUGUGCUACUCUCAUGUUGAUUUGUGCCUUGGAAUUCGUCUCAGCCUCAGAAAGAGAGGAUCUCUUUCUCAAUGUCGAUGUGGAUAUGGAUCUCCCAGAGUACAAUUAUUCAGAAACAGAUAAAUGGGGAAGCAUUGACCCGCAUUAUGCAGUUUGCUCGACAGGCAAGAGGCAAUCCCCCAUUGAUAUUAAAACCAAUGACGUCUUUGUCUUUGUCAACAAAACAAUGCAAGAGUUGACCAUAAACUACCACGUUGACAAUGCUACAUUGUGCACUGAUGGCAUUGAUGUUAAGGUUUUGUUUAAUGCAAGAGGAGACUUGAUAAUCGAUGGCGAGACUUACAAAUUGAAGCAGAUUCAUUGGCAUACUCCUUCGGAGCACCGCGUUAACGGUGUCCAAUAUGCGGCAGAACUACACCAACUACAUGCAGCUGAUGAUGGAAAGCGGGCAGUUGUUGGGGUCUUUUUCAACUGUGGAAAACCUGACCCUGUUCUAACCAUGCUAAAACCAGAAUUGGAUAAACUAGCUAAGGAACCUUGUCAACGUAAAGAAAGAAAGGUUGAUAUCCCAAUGUUUGACUCAAGCUUCUUGAAGAGGCGGCCUCGCAAAUAUUACAGAUAUCCUGGCUCUCUUACUACUCCUCCCUGUGAUGAGAAUGUCAUUUGGAAUGUUCUUUCCGAGGUUGAAACGAUUUCAAAGGAUCAAGUUGAAGCUUUAAAGGCUCCUCUUCGUGAGGCCUAUAAAAUCAAGAAUGCUAGGCCUACACAACCACUUAAUGGAAGGAAAGUCCAAACUUAUGAUGGUAAUUAGCAUGGCCAUUGGCCAAGGCUUGGCACAUAUACUGGUGUACUUAGCUUUAACCAGUAACCGUGUAAUAAGUUGAGUGAUGCCAUGUUAAUUUGAUUUAGGAGAGAACUAGUUCGAGCCCGAGAUUCACCGAGCUGAUAAUUUUGUGUAGAUCCAAUCCAAGUUUAGCUUUGUAAUUUAUAGCUUUUUUCUUCAAUUAAGCUCUUCUCAUCAAACGUUUUAAAGA